AUGCAGAGCUGGAAGAAAGUUCGCCUCUUCCGGGAUCUCUGGCUGCCGGAUCCUGAGCAAGCUUUGUCCAGUCAGGAGCUGAUCUAUGUCCAGAAGCUCAUUCCUCUCAUCCAAGGCCUCGAGAUGCAAUGGAACAAAGAGCUGAAAGAAGCGGAUGGUCAAAUAUGCUCACUAGGGUGGAAUCUAGAUGAAGCUUAUGAGCAUCUUCAAGAGAAUGAAGCUACCUGGUGGAAGGCGCGAGGUGUCAUCGACCCAGAGAAUACUUGGUUCGCCCGAGUGGCAAGCUGA